AUGCAACAGGGAGGGUUUCUCAGCGCAGACGGAGCGCACGACAUCCACCAACACCUCAAACGAUCCGGCGAACGUCUAAUCCAAGACUUGCAAGACGGUCUCAAUCUGAAAACCCCAACAGAAUUACUCAAGUAUCAAGAUCUUACCAUCCAAGGUCUUGAGUACGAGCGGCAGUAUUCCGAUUACUGGAACUCCACCGCUGAAUCGGAUGGUCAAAUCGUAGACGCUGUUCUCAUGCCUGUAGCGCCUCAUGCAGCUGUGAUACCUGGAAAGUUCUACCACGGAGGUUAG